GCACUGUACCUCUCUGUACUACUUCGUGCUACAUACGAUCUCGCUCGCCCAAGCUAUUCGCAGACUGAUGACUUCUUCCUCUAUAUCAAAGGCCGAGAGAGGAUACAUCCAAAGUUCCCUGAAGGCGACCCCUCCAUUACGCGCCGAUGUUCUGCUAGAGACAGGCGUCGCGCCUCUCGCGAACGGUAGUGCGAAGCUGAACAUCGGAAAGGCUACGCAAGAAGGUGGCGGAGGCACAGAGAUACUGGCCGCGACGAAGUUGGAGGUUGAAGAUGUUGAAUUGGGCGACGGAGUUGACGGCGGCAGGCUUGCAUGCUCAGUAACAUGUUCUCCAUCCGCGUACCCACACCUAUCCGCGAACGCGCUCGACGAGCUGCAAUACGAUCUGACCACCAUCCUGCACCAAACCCUCUCCCACCCAUCCCUCAUCCUAACAACCUCGUGUCGACCUCGUCGUCUCACCGACUCGGGCAACGUCGUCGACGCACUCUUCAUGGCGGCGCGUGCAGCGCUGUGGGACACGAAGGUGCCCCGCACGCGGCCUAUACAGUACCAAGCGCGCAAGUUCGGAGAUACAUUGAAGAGUACAGACGCUAUGGAGGUGGAAGGAGUGCCCGUCAUUACGAGCGGCGAGGUUCUGGAUGGAAGAGAUAGAUGGCCCGUAUGCGUGACAUUGAACAUGCUUCCAUCCUUACACUUCCUGGAUGCGACAUUGCCAGAGGAGGCCUCGACCCCCAUCCGGCUCUUUCUGGUCUACUCAUUCCCCUUGAAAGCUCAUCCUAGCUUGCAAGCCAUGCGGCUCACAGGCUCAGGCGAAGUGGUCCUGACUCAGCUGAAGACAUACAUGGCUAAGUACGCGCGUUCGCUAUUUGAGGCCCUCGAAGCGAAGCCUACGAACGUAAAGGCCCGAGACAAGUUCGCUGUGCGGUAAACGGAUCCGGUAUCCGAGAGCUUGCGUCCGGAUGGCUUUGAUCCCACUGCUUGCUGGAGUCCGUGUCAUCUCGGUGAUCGCACGCACCUGUCGCUACCAGCAGUGAUU